AUGAACAACUGGGCACGUAAGAUUAAGAAAAGGCGAAGAGAAGAAGCACAACGGCUGUUUUUCUUGUGAAGUAGCUAUUGUUUUCUCUUUCCUCUGUUUCUCUGAUUUGGAAGAUUGGGUUGCCUUUGUUUGCUUGCAACACACGUUAUACGCACAGCCCAUUUCACGCCCCCCACCCUUGAUAAUUAAAGCUGCGAUUGAAUCCGGCCCAAAUCCCCCUUCCCCCUCUCCUUCUAUAUCUAUUCUCUGCUCCUUUUUACCCUCUACUAGUGGAGCUAGCCGCUGUUCCAUCUGUCCUCUGCUUUUGCCUUUCCAAACUUACUGGGUGAAUUUGCAUAUGUAUACAUAACACACACCACCCAUCUUCUUAUUGGGGGGGGUUGAUUUCGAGAGAAGAUAUCGGUAGAGAGAAGAAAAAUAUAGAGUAAUUUGACUGGGAUAUGGGAGAGGAGGGUGGUGUGGUGGUGGUGAGAGAGUUCGACUCGCUUACGGAUUGCCCGGGAGUGGAAGAUGUGGAGCAGAGGUGUGAGGUUGGACCCAGCGGCAAGCUCGCCCUCUUCACCGACCUCUUGGGCGACCCUAUUUGCAGAGUUCGCCACUCGCCCGCCUUUCUCAUGCUGGUGGCGGAGAUGGGAGAAGAGAAAGAGAUAGUGGGGAUGAUAAGGGGCUGCAUCAAGACCGUCACUUGCGGCAAGAAGCUCUCCCGCAAUGGAAAUGGAAGGAACGCCGGCACUUCUGUUCCCGUCUACACUAAGCUCGCCUAUAUCUUGGGCCUCCGGGUCUCUCCUUCUCACCGGCGGAUGGGAAUAGGGUUUAAGCUGGUGCGGAGGUUGGAAGAGUGGUUCAGAGAGAAUGGCGCUGAAUAUUCGUACAUGGCCACCGAAAACGACAACCACGCUUCCGUUAAGCUCUUCACUGAGAAAUGCGGCUACGCCAAGUUCCGUACCCCCUCCAUCUUGGUCCAACCCGUUUUCGCCCACCGGGCCCGGGUCUCCAAAUGGGCCUCUAUCCUCUCGCUCCCACCCUCCGACGCCGAGGCCCUCUACCGCCGCCGCUUUUCCACCACUGAGUUUUUUCCCCGCGACAUAGACGUCGUCCUCAAAAAUAGUCUCAACCUCGGUACCUUCCUCGCCGUGCCCGCCGACUCCCGCUACGCCGACUCCUGGCCGGGUCCCGAGGCGUUCCUGGCGGACCCGCCCGAGUCGUGGGCGUUGCUGAGCGCGUGGAACUGCAAGGACGUGUUCAAGCUGGAGGUGCGGGGCGCGUCGGUUCUCCGCCGGGGGCUGGCGAAGGCGUCCCGGAUCGUGGACGGCGUGCUGCCGUGGCUGCGGCUGCCGUCGGUGCCGGAGCUGUUCAGGCCGUUUGGGAUGCAUUUCCUGUACGGUCUGGGAGGGGAAGGGCCGCGCGCGGUGAAGCUGGUGAAGGCGCUGUGCGGGUACGCGCACAACCUGGCGAAGGACUGCGGAUGCGAGGUGGUGGCGACGGAGGUGUCGAGUCUGGAUCCGCUCAGGUCUGGGAUUCCCCACUGGAAGAGACUAUCAUGCGCCGAGGACCUAUGGUGCAUUAAGCGGCUAGGGGAAGAGUAUAGUGACGGGUCGGUGGGUGACUGGACCAAAUCACCACCUGGCUUGUCCAUUUUUGUUGAUCCCAGAGAGUUCUGAAAUGAAAUCGCCACUAAAAAAGAAAUGCAGAAUUAGCAGUGAAAGCAACGAGACAGGAGAAAAGAAAAAGAACUUUUUUUUGUUUUUGGGAAGUCUAUCUGCCACUUUUUAUAUUUUAGAAUUUUUAGGUUUAUUGGGGGCGUGAAUUUUAAAUGUGACGAUGGCUGGGAGUGGGGAAAAAAAAGAAGAGAGGAAUGAGAAGAUGUGGGCUGUUUUUGUUGUAAAAAAGGUCGAAUAUCUCUUUGUUUUUGUAAUUAAAGGAUGUUGCUUUUUAGAUCCUUGUUUAAGCCAAACAGAGCCUUAGGCUUUUCA